CCUACCUAGUAGGUAAGUGGCAUGGCAGUUCCUACCUAACUGUUUUCCGUAGGCUACCGAAUUCUGACGUACAGUCGUCUCCCUAGUCUUGAUGGUGGGAUCAGUAUUAUUUACUUAUUAGAGCUUACCUGGGAGAGCUUCAAUUUACACAAUUAACAAUCCAAACAAACCAAACCCAACAUCUCAAGAUCAAGAAUUAGGAAGAACCUCAAAGAUUUUGUUUCUUAAUACUUAACCUUUUGUUUUUUGUUCUUUAAUACAAUACUUCUACCUCGAAUACAUUCAUCUAUUUGAAUAAACUUGAGAACCAAACCUGAUAAGAGGUCAAGAUGCUUUUAAGAUUCCGUGGUCCUGAUGGAACAGUUCGUAUUACUGUUGAAGCAAAUGAAACUUUUGCUCAACUUGGCGACAAGCUUGUAAAACUCCUACCGGAGAACAUCGACCCAAAGACAUUAACACUUUCAAAUGCGCCGAGUGGUGGUGAGGUCAAGUCUCUGGUAGAAAUUGCAAGAGCCAAAGUCUCGCAGAUUGGUCUCAAGAAUGGUGAUAUGGUAUUCAUAAAUUAUAAGCUCUUGGAUAGUCUUUCAAAUGGCAAUGCUACCCCUUCCACCUCGACUGGUCCUCCAUCUCAACUCGCCCCCUCAACAAAUCGUUUAAAUGGACACGUCGUUUUACCAGAAUCAAUACCUAUCGAUGUUCCAGCGCAAGAAGUAACUUCGCCAUCGGAAAAGAUCAAGAACCCGUGGGAAUUAGUCAAACAAUCCGAUCUCGAUAAUAGGCUAGACAAGAAAGAUGGAAAAAUCCCCAGAAAGAAGGAUCAAAAGAUGUGUCGACAUGGUGAAAAAGGAAUGUGCGACUACUGUAUGCCGUUAGAACCAUUCAAUGCGGAAUAUCUGGCCGAGAAAAAGAUCAAGAAUCUCUCGUUUCACUCGUAUCUGCGAAAGAUCAACUCGGCGACCAACAAACCAGAGCUAGGAAGUUCUUUUAUGCCACCAUUGACGGAGCCGUAUUACCGUGUGAAGAAGAACUGCCCGUCAGGACAUCCUCAAUGGCCCGAGGGCAUUUGUACUAAGUGCCAACCGAGCGCAAUCACUUUACAGCCGCAAGCAUUCCGCAUGGUGGAUCAUGUCGAAUUCGCUCAAGCAAGCCUCAUCGAAAACCUACUCCAGUUCUGGAGGGCGACAGGUGCACAACGUUUUGGGUAUUUAUAUGGUCGCUACGAGGAGUAUACAGAGGUGCCGCUGGGAGUCAAGGCUGUUGUGGAAGCUAUUUACGAACCGCCACAAGUUGACGAACUCGAUGGCGUCACAUUAAACGAAUGGGAAUCCGAAAAGGACAUUGACGAGAUUGCGAGAUUGUGUGGCAUGGAGAGAGUCGGUGUCAUCUGGACUGAUCUCAUUGACUCAGGCGUAGGAGAUGGCACUGUCUUAUGCAAGAGACAUAUUGAUUCAUACUAUUUAUCAUCUCUGGAAAUCGCAUUUGCAGCACGUUUACAAGCGAAGCACCCAAAGCCAACGAAAUGGAGUGAUACGGGAAAAUUCGGGUCCAACUUUGUUACCUGUGUAGUGACAGCCGAUGAGACCGGAGGAAUCGCCAUAUCUGCAUAUCAAGUCUCCAACUCAGCCGUGGAAAUGGUUCGAGCAGAUAUUGUCGAACCAUCCGCCGAUCCUGCUGUGAUGAUCGUUCGCAGUGAAGGAGAUGAUGAUUCCGAUACGAGCGCACGAUACAUCCCUGAGGUCUUCUUCCGAAAGAUUAACGAGUAUGGUAGAAGCGUUCAAGAGAAUGCUAAGCCAUCUUUCCCUGUAGAAUAUUUACUCGUCACAUUGACUCACGGCUUUCCUAGCGAUCCUAAGCCAGCAUUCAUGGCUAAGAGUUCUUUCACUAUUGAGAAUCGUUUGGUUCUUGGCCAGGAACAAGACCUCAAGGACGUUGGAAAGCAAUUAGGACUUGACAAGAGCGGGCAACUUACUCAAUCUCCUGAUGGCGUCCUCGCGGUGUCUGACUUCCAUCUCCUAUGCUUCAUCUAUAGUAUGGGUAUUUUGAGCAAAGAAGAGAUGGCGCUUCUCUGUCGUGUAGCAACUCAACACGAUUUAGCAGAUGGAUACCAAUUGAUAGCAACCCCUGGCUGGGCAAAUUUCCUUGCAAUUUUACAAUCGACUGGUGAGCGACCCCCAAAACGUCAGUCGCCGUCCGAUGACGAUGGUCCUGCGGAGCGUCUUGCUAAAAGGGUUGGCGGAGUUAGGCUAGAUUGAAUAAGUAGUCUACCCCUGGACUAUUUUGUUCUUUUGAGGCUUAUACUCUGAUUGUGAUAAUAGGUUUCUAAUCGCCAAAGCGUCUCGACGACUAUUCAAGUCUAUAGGGCAGAGGAGAAAGAGAAUUGAUAGGGAGGUUUACAACAUGAAUUAUUGGCGUGUACGAAUGGGGGCCAAAUUAAACAAAACGACAGGGCAAUGAGGAACUUUAGGUGCUUGGUGGAUAGAGCGGUGACUCUGGUGUUAACGAAGGUAUGCAUAUAUGGCGCAGGAUAUCCCGGAUAGGGAGAAGGGAGAAGCAAAACAUCAGACAGAUAUAUUUGUUGUUGGGAUAUAUGACAUAUUAUAAAUUAAAUCAAUUAUCACAGACACGUUUUCUGUUGACGAGAAUGCCAUGAAUGGUCUAAUGUACUUCUUU